AUGUGCUACUACGGCAACUACUAUGGUGGCCUGGGCUAUGGCUAUGGUGGCCUAGGCUGUGGCUAUGGCUGUGGCUAUGGUGGCUAUGGUGGCUAUGGCUACGGCUGUUGCCGCCCCCUGUGCUGUAGAAGAUACUGGUCCUAUGGCUUCUACUGA